GAGAAGUGUGCCAGCCUGUGACCUCUGCUGUGUACGUAUCGCGUUAGAAAGGAAAGAUGACUGAACAGAGAUGUGAUUGUUCCGCUUUGCCCUCGACAGCAGUGAACACUUUGCUUUUUUCAACGAGUUAACAGCGACAACAAGGACCAGAGCCUCCGACAUGUCUUUAGAAACAGUCUGUAAGUCGCUGUGUUUCCAUGGUUUUCUCGCAGGAUGCUAAACGACUCUACCACUAAUAUAACAUUAGCUUCAACAUAUAACGGUAUCUUAUCUCUUUAGUUUUUUUUGCGUGCACCUUUUUGUUGCUCUCGCUUUGCCGUGUGUUGUUCCUGAUAAUCCUCUAAAACGUAGACAGUAAUGGCUCCGAUGGGCAUCCGGCUGUCUCCGCUCGGUGUGGCGGUGUUCUGCCUGCUGGGAGUCGGUGUCAUCUACCACCUGUACUCAGGAGUCAUCUCCAGCCGCCUGGCUGCUUUCAGAGCAGACUCCUCUUUCCUCGUCAGACAGAAGAGGACCGUGGACCUGAGGGACCUGCUGGCUGUCUGUGUGGAGGCUGCAGUAUUAGGCGGUAAAGAGGUGAAGACUGUGCGUGAGGAAAACAACCUGAACGAGAAGUCGAAGGGCGAGACGAGGGAGGGAGCCAGCGAGCCUCUGACUUUGGGAGACCUGCAGUCCCACAGAAAAAUGUUCAACCUCAUAAAGAACACAUUCCCUGAAAUCACGGUGAACAGUGAGGAGCAUGACAACGUGGUGGAUAAGGUGACCUGGAGUCGAGACAUCCCAGCGGACAUACUAGACAAGAUAGAGGGCGGCAAGGAAGCUACUCCUGAGAGCAUCACUGUGUGGAUCGACCCUCUGGAUGCUACGCAAGAGUAUACAGAAAAUCUGGUGAAGUUUGUGACUACAAUGGUGUGUGUUGCUGUGGAUGGUAAACCAAAGAUUGGGGUGAUACACCAGCCGUUCUCUGGGUUCACAGCCUGGGCACUUGUAGGUGAGGGGUCAAACAUGCGUGCUCGGUCCUCCUACAGUAUCAGCCCUCCAAAGGUGAUCGUUUCACGCUCCCACUCUGGAAAAGUCAAAAGUUAUAUCCAGGAUGCUUUUGGAAACAGCACCACGGUGAUACCAGCUGGUGGAGCAGGAUAUAAGGUCCUGUCACUUCUGGAGAUGCCUAUAAGUGAUGCAACUUCUACAGACCAGGCAGAUGUUUACAUCCACAUCACCUUCAUUAAGAAAUGGGACAUCUGUGCUGGUGCAGCACUCCUCAACGCACUGGGAGGCAGCAUGACGACCCUAAAGGGAGAAGACAUCGACUACAGUGAUACACCUCUGAACAAAGGAGGACUCGUGGCCAGUGUCGGUGUGGACCAUAAGGCUGUGCUGGAGAGAUUACCAAACUGGGACCCUGAAAAGCACUGAGAAACACAAAGCCAUUAGUAGACGGGUCACAGUGUGGUAAAGACAACAGAAGUCUGCAUGAUUUCAUUUCCUGGUGACACCAAAACCUCCACACUUCAGAUGGAUCUGAGUCACUGUCCCUUACAGAGACCACAAAGACUGUGUGGCUAACCAGGCUCUGAAUACACACGUCUAGACAUGUGUACAUAGUAAGGAGAAAUGCUCCAUCAUGCAUAAACACACAAACACAUGCUCACAGUGAUUACAAGAGAACUACUACCUGAGUCCCUUCACCUUCAGAAAACAGGAUGAAUCCACUGUGAAGAAAUCUGAGGAGCACAAUGCUGAACUGUACAACAAAAUCAUGGAGUGACCGAUCUCCUCGUCUUUCAUCUUCUUAAAGCCCGACUCCAUCACAAGCUCUUCCAGAGGAAAUACAAGAACAAGGUACACCGUGUUUUUCCAGACAGGCUGAGAGUCAUUGAACAUCUGCCUCGUUUGGUCUCAGCAGCCGGUGUAACAUGGUCUUACAUGCAAAAAAAAAAACAAUAACCCUGUUUACCAGCACCAGUAAAACCACCUCAGUUUACUCCACACCGUCUUCAGGUUUUCAUCUGAAGUGGAUUAGAGAUUCAUGUUUUUAUUAAUUUAACUUUGACAGAUCAAUAAACUGAAUCUUUGUCAUUAUUCAGAUAAAACCAGCUCAAACUAGAACGCUUUCCCAACAACCCAUUUUUACCUGAAAGCAGUGCCUGCUGGGUAAGGAGAUCAACGUGCUCUGACCAAACCAGAAGUUCGUUAGAGGGAAACACAAACAUUGAUCUGCUUACAUUGUCUUAAGUUUAUCCAACUCAAAAAACUACAAUAUGAAGUUCUAAAGAAGUAGUCCAAAGUGUUUGGCAAGAGGUCUGCUUUACUAAAGUACAUUUUUUUCUUAACUAUGUUGCGGCCAUGUGAAGCAAAAUAAAAAGUGUUUCUUCAAAAUUAAUAAAAGUGAAAUGAUUAAAGGGAAGAUGAAGGAAAAGUCCACUUUUUAAAUCUUUCAUCUCUCUUCCCUGAGACUCAUUUUUGUCCCGUUUAAAACUUUUCAGUGUGUGGAGUUGCUGUGAUUGGUGCUUCCCUUACUCUUCUGUUAUAAGAGGUCGUAAACACACAGACAUGAUAACUCCAGGGUGAGCCCAUCACAAUCAGGUGAAGUCAGAAUCAUUCAAAACCCGUCUGUCUGAUGGUGGUUUUCUUCUGUAACGUGUUGUAAAUAUGACGUUCACAGCUGUCACCUCUCUGCUACUGACAGUGCUCAUGGUUAAUGAUGGAGAAAGAGCUAACAUGUUCACUGAUGUGCUCCUGGAUCUGCCAUCUCAUAACUCAUGACUUUAUAACUAAACUCUAAGUCUGCCAAUGUGCAGUACAGGAGAAGGUAAAGAAGUGUGUAUCGUCAGUGUUUCAUCACCAAGAAGACGACAGAAGUUUAAAAGACUUACAGCUUGGAAAGAGUCACAUUGAAGACUGUCUGCAAUGAGAAACUCCCUGAGACUAUUUCUGUGAAUGAAUAUUGUGCCGUGCUUCAUCCAGACUCAUUUAAACUUUGGUACCAGUCACAUUUUGUUGGAGAAGAAGUGUACUUGUAUUUGCAUGGUUUUGAAUAUUCAUUCGUCUUUGCUCCUCUUAACAUUUCUCAAUCUGUGCGGAUGAUAUUCCUCGCUUGAUUAACCUGUUUCUGUCUUUUUAAAGGAACAUUUCCACAGACAACAGCUGUUAUGACUACAGUCUGGGUUUUCUUGUUGAUGUGAAGCCAUGUCUGAUGGUAAAGAAAAAACUACACCAGCAUAAUGUGAGCUCUUGUCCCUGUAUGAAGAAGAUACAGUUAAAGUGUGUUUCAUGUUUGCUUUUGUGUCAUUGAUAAGUGUGUGUAUAGAUAUAUAAAAACCUGUGUGUGUGGUGUCUGGAUGACAUGCUGCUGGUAUACUGAGAGCACAGCUUGACUCAGAGGAAGUACAGGUAACAGCGUUCAGUCUGCUGGAGGUUGGAUCUCUGUGUGCUACAUUUCUGUUUGAUGAUCUGAGUGCCUUUAAUCUGAACAACAUAGUCACAGGAUGGUAGUGUUAGCCACAACACUUAGCAGGGUUUCUGGUGUUGCUAUGGUAACACAGUGAUUGCUAUGCAGGGGUAUAACUGAUGUUUUGUUAUGAUACAUAAAAGAGAACGGGUGGAGGGAAAGAAAACAGCAUUUUAUCACGUAGGUGUCUGUUUAUAGGUCUAAUGCAUGUGUGAAGAAGUUCUAUAAAACGUUUUGUUUCUCAACAGAAAGAUGUGUGAAGUCUCAAACAUUUUCUAUAGCUUGAUGCUAAAUCUGUGAGGUACUUUUUUUAAUAUACAUCGUUGUCAACCGGUGGUGCAAAGAUGGUCGGCCUGACAACAGAUUCAGGUCAGGUUGUUAAAGGGGGCACAAUGUAUUCUUCUCUUCACCCCUGGAGACUGAUGUUUCUGCAAUAAAACCGAAUAAUGAGCAGAGUCAA